AUGAAUGUUUCCACAUCGACGUUCCAAACAAGACGGAGAAGAUUGAAGAAAGUGGAGGAAGAAGAAAAUGCUGCCACUUUGCAACUGGGCCAGGAGUUCCAAUUGAGACAGAUAAAUCACCAGGGUGAAGAGGAAGAGCUGAUUGCCUUGAAUUUGAGUGAGGCCAGGCUAGUGAUCAAAGAAGCUCUAAUAGAACGUAGGAGAGCGUUUAAAAGAUCACAGAAAAAACACAAGAGGAAGCAUAUGAAGCACGAAAGCGCCAAUGACGAAACGACUGCUGUGGAGGAAGACGACGAGGAUUUGGACGAAGACGAUGCUGACGAAGAUGACUUCAUGCAUUCUGAAACUAGAGAAAAGGAAUUGGAGUCCAUCGAUGUUCUACUAGAACAGACUACGGGUGGGAAUAAUAAGGAUUUAAAAAACACUAUGCAGUACUUGACGAGUUUCUCCCGGUUCAGAGACCAGGAAACCGUGGGUGCUGUUAUACAGCUGCUGAAAAGCACCGGCUUACACCCGUUUGAGGUGGCGCAACUGGGCUCUUUGGCCUGUGACACAGCAGACGAGGCAAAGACAUUAAUUCCGAGUUUAAAUAACAAGAUAUCCGACGACGAGCUGGAGAGAAUGCUAAAGGAACUAUCAAACUUAGAAACUCUCUAUUGA